CCGGAAAUUAGCAGAGCACAUAGCCGCGACCAGGUAAGUUGUUCCACGCUCGCCGCCAUGCGCGCGCCCAGCCGGCUCCAUAAAUAGGCCGUCGGUCUCCCACGUAACCACCACAGACCACACCAAGCUGAUUCGUACUUCGCAAAGGAUCCAGCGCAAGAACAGCGGCAGGAGGAAGAAGAAGGCAGAGGGGUUCGUUUGGUUCAGCGAUGGAAGGGCUGAUCCCGUUCGUGCUGGACGCGAUCAGGAAGAGCAGCGGGAGGGACAGCUACCGCUGCGUCUCGUCGGACGGCAGCUCCCACGGCAGCAGGCGGAACCUCAUAGACUACACGGAGCUGCCGGCGGACGGCGCCGCCUGGUCGGAGUUUGUCCAGCCGGCGAUGACCGACGUCCGUGUCGCCGAGGAGCACGCGAUGCACGCGCGGCCGGCCGCCGUGGUGGCCGGGUCGGCUUAUCGCCGGAAAUGAGUACGCGGUAAGCAGAUGGCACGUUUGGCGCCUUACAAGUCUGAAAGGCGCUUACAGUAGUUAAGUUAAAUGCACAUUGGAUUGGUUUGUUGAUCGACUGUUAGCCAUGUUGUGAGCGCAAGCUGCUCCCAACUCGUGUGUGUUCUCAGAGUGUACCGGCAGAAACCUGCCUAUAUAAUGUUUUCCCAAAAUUUUCUACUCAAAAUUUCAAAUCUGUACAUAUACUCCAGUUGUGAAUGAAAUAAAGAGAAAGAGCAACGGAUUGGUGAACUCA